AUGAAGCCAUUUACGACCUUCGUCUUUCUCUGCACGCUGUGCGUCGCCGUUUUGCCUCAGCUAAUCGUCGCGCGCCCAACCAAUGUGACCAAACUCGUUACUCAAGUCUGCGCCCACACGGCUCACAAGGAUCUCUGCGUCGACACCCUUGCGGCCGAUCCCAUUAGCCAGGGAGCCAACCAGACCGGCCUGGCCUUGGUGGCGCUGAGGGUGGCCUCGCAGAAUGCCUCCGACAUAACCGAACACAUAAAGGUGUCGGUCAACGACGCGAGUUUGGCGCCUGCGGUUCAGCAGGGCCUGUCGGACUGCAUGGACAAUUACGUGGACGCGGCUGAGCAGCUCGAUGACUCGCUUGCCGCCUUGCUGGCGGGUGCCCACGAUGAUUUGAAUACUUGGGUGAAUGUAGCCAUUGCUGAUUCUGAUUCAUGCGAGAAAUCCAUCAAGGGAUUCAAAACCGGGAUGUCUAAGAAAAAUGUUAUGUUUCGCAUGUUAUGCGAGAAUGCCUUGGCCAUCGCCAAGGCCGUCGCCGUCGCCGGAAACUGA